GAGGGAGGGAGUCUGGAUGAGGGGUCUGACUCUCUCACGCUCAGUGCUUUAAUAUUAGAAAUAAACGCUGAAAAAUAAUCAGCACAAAUAACAGAUGAACUCAUAGGUUUUCUGCAGGUGAUCAACUGGAUAACAAGCUUUCUCUGUGUGUGUUAAUGUGGCUAGUUUUGGGUCAUGGCAUCCACUGGUGUCACUAGUCACCUGCCUCCAGUCAAGAGUGUGAUGGUCUACAGAAAUGGAGACCCUUUCUUUUCAGACAUGCAUAUUUAUCUGACUUCGGGACAGAAGAAAGGUCCACUGUGCAGAGCUGUGGAACCAGCCCAGGCUAAAGCACUUUUCAGGCCUAAUGUGUCUGCGAAAUGGAGUAAAGCCAUCACUCUGCCCUGCAUCAUACAUGUAUUUAGGAAUGGAGACAUCCUCAGUCCUGCCAUGCGUCUUAUCAUUCCCCGCAACAUGCAGAAAAAUCUAGAGCAGAUCCUGAGCCUCAUUUCUGAAAAAGCCAUGCUUCGCACAGGAGCCGUGCGCAGGCUUUGUACUCUGGAGGGCUUCACAGUGACCUCCACAGAAGAACUGGAGAGUGGGCAAAGCUAUGUAGCUGUGGGAACAGAGAGGUUCAAGAAACUUCCAUAUGUGGAGAUACUGCUGAACAAAGCAACAGGCAACAGCGCAGACAGACAUUUUACAGGAGACAGAGGAUUACAGAGAAGAACUGAGAGUAGAAAGAUGUUUCCCCAGGAGAGCCACAGUGACUCCACCCUAAUGAAUUUACCUGAGAGGGAAGGCAGGCGUGUGAAGUCCACAGGUGAUGAGGUUGAGCGAGAGAGCUCCCCUCAGCCGGUUAAGAGGAGAGGAAGAAGAGGAGAAAGAGAGGAAAACUCUGUUUUCUUCGCCAGACCUGUAAGAGUCCGUAGACACCCUCCCACAAACAGACCCCCUCCUAGAGCCACAAUAGAUGAGCCCAGUGUGUUUAAGGCCUCUAAGAGCAGGAUGAGGGAGGAGGUUCGAGGUGCUGAGGAGGUCACAGAGGAUGAAAACACAGCUGUAGAGCUUCCCAUUGACCAGAGAGAAGCAGAGGUUGUGGAGGAUGACGAGCUUCUUGAAAGUAACCAUUUCGAUACAGCCAACAUAAAUCAUAGAAAUUCAGCUGAACUGCACAGGCCAUCAUCUGAGUUCAUAGUGUCUGAGAGGGAGACAUGGGAGGACACGUCAGCUCCCCAGAGAGAAGCACAGCAGCGAUACACAUCCAGCAAAGAGUCUCAGCAUGACACAAACAAGCAAGAUGUUGAGUCAACCAAACGGCAUUCCAGAGCUUCUUCAUCAUCUACAUCACCCAAAGUCUAUAAACAUUCCCCACGAAGUGAAGUAACACAACACAAACCUAAUGGGGUUUCCCGUGAGGAACAGACAGACAGGGAUACGGAGCGACCUCUCCAGUCUGAGGAUGAUGCAGGAGACAGAGACGCACCUUACUAAUCUAGAGACAUUCUCUGAACGUGGAGUUCGCUAUGAAAUUAGCACUGUUUUGGUGAAUGAAUAGCUUUUA